GUACGAUACGUUUCAGCACUCGAACCAGGAUGCGGAUUGUAACCUUGCUCGCCCUCUGCGCCGUCCUGAGCUGCUCUCAAGGCCACCAGCAGGAAGAGUGCUUGAACCAGAAUAUCCCUCUGCUUAUGAUCAAAAACAUGAUAGAGACUUCAGAACUCAUCGAGAAAUCUCUACCUAAGGACAACGCACCCUCCCGCCGAAUAUUGCAAAAACUAAAAAGGUGCUCAAAGAAACUGAACGUUGCCGACAUCAAACGCAUCCUGGAAAUCUAUGAUGAACAUGUAUUUCAAAAGUUCUGGAGCAACAACAAUGAGCAGCUGCCUCAACAGUUUACUGCUCCUUUCUCAAGGCUGAGGGACCAGGUGGAGAUAUGUGAGACCAAAGGCAAACGAACUCUUUCGCAUUGCGUAAAAGACAAUAUUUACACAAUUGAGGAGACUCUUAAGAAGCUGCGGCGAAAGGAUCUCUCCAAAGCACAGAGCGAGUUUAGCACUGUUUUGGUCUGGAUCAGCGACGCCAUGGAUAGGAGCAGAACACGUAAGACCCACUAGAUCUCCACAGCGGCACAGAAGAAUCGGGAUUCAGUAUGGAGGCCAAUGCAUUUCUUCAAACCCAGACACACGCACAUCCUGCAGUCAAGGAACCAGGUUCAAACGAACACACAACGCUAUCAGUUAACAACGGACUGCAUCCAAAUAAAUUCAUCUGAUUCCAGACUACUCCGGACGUAAAAUCACAUCAGAGGAUUGACCUCCAUUUCCUGGGUUAACGUAACAAAUCUCAGGGAAGCUAUGGCGAUUUUUCACAUAGCAAAUAGAUCCAGUGCCUACAUGCACUGGUUAGACAAGCCACGGUUACUGAUCUUUUGCAUCACAUUUGUAACUUGGCAUUAUUUUUUUUACAUAUAAAAUGCAUUAUAGUUUCAAGAAUACAGAGUAAUAUAGAAUAACUGAAGGCGUAUUUAUUAUUUUACUUGUGCACGUGUGUACAUUUUCAAACCGAUAACUUAUUUUUUAUUUGUAUUUCUGUUCAUACUUGUAAUUCAUUCGAGCAGUUUCAAAUGCAAUCUAAAAUGUAUGGUAUUUAUUGUAUUAAGUUAUAAUCAGAGAAACUGUAGUAGGCCUUAUUCUCUCUGUGAGCGAUCGUUCAUCGUCAGUGUCGUGCAUUGCACAUCGCUGCAAGUGAUGUAGUGUUGUUUGCGAGCCUUGGAAUUGAAUAAAGUUUAA